AUGGCUUCUCAUUCCUCCGACGACAAUUUCCUGAGGAACUUCUGGAUCCCGUGCCACGUGCUGGUGCCGGAAUCCGUGGUUGAAGGUAGCAAAAUCGAUAUCGACGGACCUAAGUGUCCGGUGCUCGUCUUCGUUAACUCCAAGAGCGGUGGUCAGCUAGGAGGAGACCUCUUGAAAACGUACCGUGCGCUUCUUAGUGAAAAACAGGUUUUCGACUUGGGGGAAGAUGCUCCUGAUAAGGUUCUGAGCAGGAUCUAUGCUAAUUUGGAAAAUCUCAAGCUUCAGGGCGAUCGAAUUGCCAUAAAGGUCAUCGAGAAAUUGAGAUUAAUUGUUGCAGGGGGUGAUGGAACAGCUGGCUGGAUACUUGGAGUUGUUUGUGAUCUCAAAUUAUCUCAUCCGCCACCCAUUGCCACGGUUCCAUUGGGCACAGGGAAUAAUCUACCGUUUGCAUUUGGUUGGGGGAAGAAGAACCCUGGGACAGAUGAACAAUCGGUCAAGUCAUUUCUAGAUCAAGUAAUGAAAGCUAAGGAAAUGAAAAUAGACAACUGGCACAUUCUUAUGAGAAUGAGGGCUCCAAAAAAAGGUACCUGUGAUCCAAUUCCACCUCUUGAGUUACCACACUCUUUGCAUGCCUUCCAUCGUGUAUCUGAGGCAGAUGAGCUUAGUAUGGAAGGCUGCCAUACUUUUCGUGGGGGAUUUUGGAAUUACUUCAGCAUGGGAAUGGAUGCUCAAGUCUCCUAUGCAUUUCAUUCUGAACGAAAAUUGCAUCCUGAAAAAUUCAAAAAUCAGUUGGUAAAUCAGAGUACUUACGUUAAGCUUGGAUGCACACAAGGAUGGUUUUUUGCUCCUCUUUUCCACCCUCCUUCCAGCAACAUAGCACAUCUUGCAAAAGUAAAAGUCAUGAAGAUGCAUGGUCAUUGGGAAGACCUGCACAUUCCGUCCAGUCAAGGGGAACAAGAGUCUCCUGGUGGCUUGAAGUCAAUUGUAUGUCUCAACUUGCCUAGCUUUUCUGGUGGAUUGAAUCCAUGGGGUACACCGAACAAGCACAAGAGGCGUGAUAGAGAUUUGACACCUCCAUAUGUAGAUGAUGGCCUUAUAGAGGUGGUUGGCUUUAGAGAUGCCUGGCAUGGGCUUGUUUUGCUUGCUCCAAAUGGACAUGGAACUCGCCUUGCCCAGGCACGCAGAAUCCGCUUCGAGUUUCACAAAGGUGUAGCAGAAUAUACGUUCAUGAGGAUUGAUGGGGAACCGUGGAAACAACCUCUCCCAGUUGACGAUGAUACUGUUCUUGUGGAAAUUUCUCACCAUGGCCAGGUUAACAUGCUCGCCACUCAUGAAUCCAAAUCUAAAAGUGUGAAUGAUCCGUCGUCUCCAUACCAUAAUGAGGUGGAGGAAGAUGAUAGUGAUGAGGAAGACUCUAAAGCAGAUGAAUUCCGGAAGUUUGGUGCAGCAGAAACAUUUAAAAUCCCAGACGAGGUAGACGUCGCUCAUCUUAGUUAG